AUGAUUUUCAUCUUCCAAAAAGUGCGUUCUUUCGCACUAUACUCUCUUCUGGUGAUCGCCUUUCGGCUGGGAACGCUUUUAAGGGUGUUUCCAUUUUUCAAGCGUUUAAUUUCUAACGCAAUUGACGCGAUGUUUGGGCUCAAGAUGCCACAAGAAGAUUACUGGGACUCGAUGUUUAGUCGACAGAUGCUGACGGGUUUGUGGAGAUUUAUUCUCCUCGACAUCAACAAGAAAACCAAACAAGGGAGCAAGGCUUACAACUCCCCUCUGGUUUCAUUGGACGGAAAAAACUGUUUCCGUCUCCUGGACAGUUCAAAGCAAGGUCGCCCUCUAGUAGUCAACUUUGGAAGCUCGAGCUGACGUCCGUUUGUGGCGAAGUUACAUGAUUUCGGGGAAAUUGUUCGCGAUUUUUCUGACGUCGCAGACUUCGUAAUUGUAUACAUAGAAGAGGCACAUCCAUCGGAUGGCUGGGCUCUAAAGGUAAGCCUGUCUCUAUAGGUUCAGUACAGGUUAAUAAACAUACAGUCCACCCUUUAGCUUAUACAUACUUCCGUUUCAUAAAGUCGUAGUCACAAAGCAAUUUGUCUCUGUUCAGUUCAUCUCUUGUUGUUAAGUUCGUGUUAACUUGUCUCUCCUUUUACGAAAGUAUUUAGCUUUCAAAGAAUAGACUAUAGAAUGAAGAAUGACUAUAAACCUCGCGAAUAUUUAAAAAUUUAGCAUUUUUCGACAAGUUAUGAAGACUUAUCUUGUAAAAGUCAUGCGGUUUUCCACUGAUGUAAUUUUUGUUUAAUAAACUAAUUUCAUAUGGAUCACUCUGGAAGAUAUGUUCUUCCUCUAGGAGAAUCUGUUUCCGCCGGAUAUAUUAAGGAACAUUGUGAAAACGCGUCAGCAAAACUAGUUCCAGUCUCUAGAUAAAACUAUUAAACAACACUUCGCAUGUAGUCCUUUAUCUUUCUUCAACGUGACUUUAGUUUAAAUUUUUUUUUCUGCUAAAUUAUCUGGCCUAUCUAUUGAUGUUCUUUCUUCAUUCUUACAUGUAAUACUACUGCUUAACAUUUCUCGGAUGCUAAUGUUAUGAAAACGAACUUCCUAUCAGAAAAUCUUCUUCCACAAAGAUAUGAUCUAAAGUUAUUAAAGGCCACUGUAUAUCUUUUGACACAAAAACGGAAAAUUUUUCUUUCUGAAACCGACUCGCUGCCAAUUAGGAUUUACAAGCUAUUAUCCCGUCUUAUAGGACAACUUAGAAGAAGUUUGUUUUCUCAGCUGAUUGGCUUUUUAAGAGUGGCUUAUUGACUUCAAUUAUCAUCCAGUGUCGCUCCAACAUUCUUUUUUCAGAAAAGUUCAAGGUAAGCAUUUGAAAAAUUAAAUGCACUGCAUAUCCGUGACCUGGUUGUAAUAACAAGCUAGCCCCAUGCUGAAAUUGAGUGUUUAAAAAUGUUUAAGUUUUCCGGUAUGUACGUGGAGAUUAGCGGUUGAAUGUCACGAGAAAUUAUGAAGCCUCUUGAUACAUAGCUUUGAAUGUUAUGGAUUAGCAGAGACCACCGUGGUUAAGGAAGAAAAAAUUCGAAACAAUACUGUGAAAACUACUCAGUCAAUUAACUGAAGCAAUACAGGACAGCUACAAUAAUUUGUUCUUUUUUAUGGUACUAACGGGGAACAAACAAGGUUACCAUUCCCGGGGUCAUACUUUAUUGUAACAGGGGCCAAGAGAAUUGUUCGUAACACUGGCGUGUUCCUUUACACGGCCGUGACGUUCGUUAUUAUAAAGCGCUUCCUCUGUAGAACCACUCUCAAUGCUAAGGAAUUGAAAACACAACUCGUAUAACAGAUGUUAUGGCAGUAAACUUUGAUUGGCGGGGGACCCUUGUCUCAUGAGCAGCUGAGAAGGCGUUCAGAGGUGUUAGCCUGCUACGAGUAAACACUGCAGCUUCUCGCAUAAACUCUGCUGCUAAUCCUUCGCGGCAGUGAAUAGGCUAGAAAGCGUGUAUAUUCUUUGUUUCUUGUCUUGGAUCAUGAGAAAGAACUUGGCGUAGAUUAUCUCUUUUUGACCAAAAAUCCAGCUCGUGUUUUGUAGUUUAUCUCCCAACAAAUCAUUAAAUUAAAGACUACAAGAAUUUAUCCCACCUCCCCGGCUUUUCGCAAAAGAUAACUCUGUUGGAUUUCGUGGUUCUUAUCUCUGUCCAGUUGUUAUUAAACAUGCGUGCUGUUUAUUCAAAACUAUUCCUGCUGUAUCAAUUUUCUUUUAUCAUGGCCACGAAUUUUUUUUUUUUUAAAUGUUGCUCCUUAGUUUUUUUCUAUUUGUUUCAAGGUCCAUUGUUUUUCUUUUUUGAGUGCUUGAUUACUACCGACAUCAAGGACAUAAAGUGCUUUUUGAAACUCUCCAGUCACUAUUUCUAUUGUAGAUAUACUGAUAUGAUGAAAUUGUUGAGCAGAACUUUCCUACAUUAUUUUUGUAGCUGCUUUUUGUGUUUAUUUAAAUUAAUAUUUCCUUGGCGGACAUGCAGUUGCGAAAUAGUAUUUUGUAUACUUUAGCCAUCUCCGGAGAUUAGAGACAAACUAUACUGUUCACUCGUCUCUUCGGACAAAGGUCGUUAAAUGGAUAAGAAUUAUCCGUAUCAAUUUUACUUAUAAGUUAUAAGACUUUUUAAGGAAAUUCGUACCUUUAGAGACCACCAUGGCCGUUCAGAUCUUUAUUUUAACCUUACUUAAAAGAAAACAUUUAAUAUUUAGCACGGCAGCUCAGGGCCACGUACUCAGAGCAGAAUGAGUGGGAACACAACCACCUACAUGUAUUGUACCUGAUGUUUAUGUCGACUGACCGUAAGAAGUAUACAUGUAUGAAGACUGAGCCACAUUGGUUCAUACCUGGCUCAAAAAAGGAAACUUUUGGUCCUCCAUAGGGUAUAAAUACAUACCAAAUUUUAAUUUUGGGACCCCAAACGGGGACGCUAAAUAAAUAGUAGGUGCUUAUUCUCAUAACUGUAACAAACUCCUAUACGACAAUUAAGCUAAUAUGCUUGCAAAUAGCAGUGAGAAUACCCAGUCUAUCCAUUGAUUUGUCUAGGCCGUUUAGAGCUGAGAUCCACAUCGUUUAAAGCUCAACUUCGAUGUUAGAAUCCUCACUUUGAACUUGAAUGAAUGAUUUUUCUAUAUUUCGCUAUUUCCUAGUAUUUUGGAGUUAUUUUCAUAAAUUAUAUUGCAUGCAGGGGCGUCUAUUAGACAGGGGGCGUUUAAUAGCGAGUGGCAUCUAAUACAAACUUAAAGAGCGUUGGAGGGGCGCUUAUUAGACAAGAGGCGUGAGAGAGGACGUCUAUUAGAUCAUGUCAAGUCUGCUCCUUUGUUGAAACUCUGCAGGGCCCAGUUGUUCGAACGCCUAUUAGCGCUAACCCGCGGUUACCUUUUAACGCGGGUUUCUUUUUCUUUUUAUCAAAAGCACUCCUUCGGAAAAUUUUUUCUAUUCUUUUUAGAGUAUCCUAUCAUCAAAUUGUAGGCAAAGAGAAUUAAACUGAACUUGCUUUUUAAGCUCUGAUUUCCGAGUUCAAAUUUCGCACUAACCCCUAGCUUCGAACAACCCGGUCCAGAGUGAUAAAUAUGACGGAAGAUUUUUCAGGUUUCAUCUUAAGACAAAGAAACUUUUCAGUUUUUAAGUAGGAAUAGAUUAAAACGAAUUUCCGCUCAUCCCCGCCUUGAAUCUAGCCUACGAGCAAGCACGCUAAACUUUGAAUAACGUGACUGCUCGCAACAUUAUCCAAUGCAUCGCCCAUGUAUCCGGGAAAUCCGAAAGUAGUGGAAGCCUAGGCUUUGGAAUCCGGAAUUCAAGGAUUCCGAAAUCCUGAAAGAGAUUGGAAUCUGGAAUCCAAGUUCCAUUGACAAAGGAUUCCAGGAUCCAGUGCCUGGAAUCCGUGAUCCACAGCGUGGAAUCCACAAUCCAAGACUGUCUUGGCUGAACAUGCAGCAGAGCUUAGCUUACUUAAAAGCAUCCUAUUCAUCCUAGGAUCGUUUCUCCUCCUCCGUUUCCUCUUUUAUUAGACGCGCGGUGUCAAGAAGGAAGAAGCUCGAGGGCAAGUUAAAAUAAGGGCGAGCGAUUUAACUUCCCAUUUCUGCUCUCAUUUUUUAGUUUUCCUGUAAAAAUUCCAAAACCAAAUGUAUUUAUAUUAUCAAUCGACUCGUCAUAAUGCCGGCUUGCUGUUGUUUAACCUCCCUUGAUGUUGUAAGUGCCACAAGAGGCAUCCGACAUUUCAAAAUAGCUAUACCUUUUUCAAAUUACCGCUCCACAAACUACAUCGUUGAAAAAAACCAUCUCUUCUUGAACUGAAAUUCAAUCAUUGAUAACGGAUCUUCUAAGCUGUUCAGAUAAUUUGGGCAUGCAUGGGUCAAGCAAUUCAUAAAUAACCCUCUCAAAUCAUCCAUCUUCAACGCUCGCCAGGUCAGAUGCUAGAAUUUUCACCUUAAGCUAGGGUUUCUUCUUCUUGAAAGACAACGUUCUUUUAGGAUCUUAUUGGGUUUUCUAACUGCCUAAUUAGCUAAAAAUGAGCUGCGAAAUGAAACCCAGGUCGGAUACCCGGUAAGACAAAGUUUUGAAGUAGUGAGUAAGCUAAGCAAAUAACAUAUUUGAGUUUGUAUAGGUAAUAGCAUGAUUUGUGGUGAUAUUUGGUAUAAAUACCAAGAGUGAUAUUUCGAAAUUGUUAUACAUGUACGUAAUUUCACGAGCCGUUAGACGAGUGAAAUUUGAGACAAUUUUGAAAUAUCACGAGUGGUAUUUAAAUGCCAAAUAUCACGUACAAAUCAUGCGAUUAUUUGUUUAUACUACUACCCGCAAAAGGUUUGUAAUUUUCACAUGUAGGUAUUUCAAAUUAAGCUGAAAUACCACUGCUCUAAUCCAAUCAGAUUGCAGAAAUUUCUCAUGUAGUAGUAUAAUUCAAUGAAGAGUUUAAUAUAACCUGUGCCAGGCUCUCAUCAGUUUUAGAGAUCUCUGCUCAUUUCUAGCUUGCAGCCUGGAACAGGCUAGUGUAAUAAUUCUCUUGGAUGUACACAUUUGCAAUGAUUUAGGCGGACGAAUGUAAACAUGAGCCAUUUUAUGAAUGUCUUUCUGUUGCGACUUUAUCUGUGUCAGGCUAAUAAAACUUAGCGAGUUAAGAAUGUAGAAAAAUAUGGCACGGUAGCACUGCUGAUGUGACGAAAACUUCGUUUCAACACUUUUACUAAAAGGUCUACCAAGGUCAUUAAUGACGAAAUCUUAUGUUAAAGAGCGUGGGAGAAAGAAAAAAUGUAUGGUUCUCCAUGAGAUUUUGAGCACGUGAUCUCCGGAUGUACUAGCGUGCUAGUCAAGCUCUCUGUCCACUGUCCAAGUUAUUAUUGUCUUAAUCGUGAUGGAUUAACUCUUGUGAUAAAUCAGUCAUUUAGUGUUUGUUUUCAUGAACGAGUGGCUCGAUUCCCGCGAUUCAUUCAUUCAUCAUUAUUCAUUCUCCGGGGGGGGGGGGAACUCCCAUAUAAAAGUGACGGGCAUGCUCGUCAUCUCGCUUAAGGGUGUAAAUUGCAGAUUUCGGUUUCACUUAGGGUGUUUGGGACGGAAAGUCACUAUAUUUGCCCAUUCAGGUAUCUCUUAGGGCUGUGCAUAAAUAAAUUUACAAAAAAUGCCGAGAUGUCUGUUUUAGUAUGGUCUCCUUUAGGGGUCGUCCGUUUAAGCUUGAGCCACGCCCAUAUUGGUCUCCCUUAGGGGUUCAAUUCUAAUUUUCCCACGUGCAUCCUCGUCACUUAUAUGGGAGUCAUCCCCCGGGUAUCGGCAUAACUGAGCGACACAACGUUUUUAAUGCAUGCUACAAUCCUAAACCUGGGCCGGUCAGUUUUAAUAAGAUAAACCACGAUUAUUCAAAUGUGAACGAAUACGAACCAAUUUCUAUAAACCCUUUUUGCCUUCAAUUUGAUAUUUGGACGCCCUAAAUUGGCUUAUUAAGAUUUUCAGGGGAAAUGCAUUUGAACACAAGAAACAAGACCCUAGAUUAAAACUUAGCCCUGGGUUAGCGGUAAACAACCUUUGGACAACUGGGCCCUAGAGAACAUUGUCCAUUCUUCUUGAUUUGAAAACAGGUCACGCAACACUUUCUCUCCCACAGCGCCGGGCCUAGUGCUGUAGGUUCUAAAGGCGUGGUGGUUGCGGACAGGGGAAAAAGGGCGUGGAGAACUAGAGGAAGUAGAACGAUCAGUUAUUCCAUGGUCCCACGCCAGGAGUAUGCCGCGGGGGAGAUGGGGAGGGCACUCUAAGGAAGUUUUGGUAGAGGUGUGCUGCCGAGGCCUUGAAACCCUGACUCUGACAAACCUCUGACAAAAAUCGUUCACUUCGCUACCCUUUUUAAGACGAGAGACCUUAUAUUAUGACCCUGAUUAAUUUCGUUUCGCAUAGAGAAUUAACUAAUUUUUAAAAUUUUUGGAAAAAAAUCUUGGUACCACAAAAUGUAGACCUUUCAUAGCUAGCCCAGCUCUCUCAGCAGCCCCCCCUCCAGUUAAAAUAUCCUCUCCCCUAAUUUCUAAGGAGGGCCCGUUACUCAGGCUACUGAAAACCAUGGCCAUACCGUGUUCAGCGGCGCAUACAUAUUUCUGACGUAUUUUUUUAUAAAUCUAUUUGGUAACUAACAGGAGAAUCUGUGAUAGAGAAAGCAUAGUUUUAUGGUGCAGUUGUUUUUAAAUUCCUGCUAAAUUUCUCCGCCACAUACCAUAAAAUACUGUAAAUCAUCUUCUUUACCUUCCAGAACAACUACAACAUUCCUAAACAUCGCACACUAGUGGAAAGGUGCGCGGCUGCUCAGCUUCUCCUGUCCCAUAAUCCACCAUGCACCGUAAGAGUAGACAGCAUGCUUGACGCAGCCAAUCUGGCGUACGGCGCCAGCCCAGAAAGACUCUACAUCAUCCGGGACUCUACAAUAGUGUAUCAGGGAGGGCCUGGACCCAUGUCAUAUAGCACCCAUGAAGUGAGAGCUUGGUUAGAGAACUACGCCCCUAAAAGGAGAUCGCGCUGAAAAAAUACAAGCGGUAGCAUCAUGAACUGAAUGGCGAAAGUGAAAGUGAGGUGAAAUCAUGUGCCAUUCCCGUGAGCCUUUAAAGGGUGCACACGAUUGACCGCCGUAUUCUGGAAUAACAUUACAUGGAAUAAACUCUAAAAAUCACCUGUUUUGGCUUUCGCUGCCUGAUAAAAUCCAGAAAGCUGGUGGUCAUUAAUAAUUAACAUGAAUAUAGGAUUCUAAUAGCCUAAAAAUUUGCGGUUAAGCUACAGUAAAAUGGGCAACAAAAAUGGGCAACUAGUUUUGGAGAAUUAGUAGAAAAGGAGUUGAACGCGAUGUUGCCCGUUUUACCACCCACUAAUCAAACCUGUCUUGCAACAAAUCAGGUUUUUGCAUGUUGCGUGAAUACUGACUUUUGAUUGGAUAAAAUUACGCGGGAAUCACGUCAUACACCGGACUUGCUGCAAAACAAGAAUCCCUUGGGCGGUAAAAAGCGAACAUGCACAGAUUUUGUUGCAAAAAGUAUAACUUCUCUCUAAUUUCUACAACAACUUUUUGAAACCUGCAAAAACCGAAUUGUUGCAAGACAGGUUUGAAUCGUUGGUGGUAAACGCGAAACAUCGGUUUUCAACUAGUUUUGCAGCAAUGCUGCAAAACAAGUUUUUGUUGCCCGUUUACCGUACCUGAAGACCGGAGUGUCAUAAAUUUCUGGCGUACCAACUUUUUGCAGAAAACGGUCAAUCAAAAGCACCCUAAUACGGACCUUUAUUUUAUGGAGGUGUUUUUUUUAUAUAUAAGCAUUUAUUCAGACUUAACCGUUGUGUUAUUUCAAUGAUUAGUUCUUUAAUAGUAUAACUAGCUGUAUUUUCCAUUGGUGUAGAUAGUUUAAAUAUUUAUCGCCUCGUGGUUCUUGUUGAAAGUAUGUCCACCAAGACGCGUCAGAAUUGGAGCCUGGUUGUCAUAUCAACAUGCGCAAGUUAUUUAGAUGAAACUGAACAGUUCUUUGUAACAAAAAUAACUUUAUAACGGAACAGAACAAGACGAGUAUAGAGCGGUUUCACUUGUUGUCAAGCCAGCCAUAUUGGUCUUCCAAACAAUGAAAUGGCGGCCAUGUUGGAGUACUAAGCCAAGCCUGUGGGAGUUACUGACUUUUUUCAUAUGUAGACGCUUCCUUUGGCAUAAUUGCUAGCCACGUGGUCAAAACGCUCUAUAUAAGAAAACUUUCUCUGUUAGUCCGAAGGUGCCCGGGAUUUUUUUUUUUUUUUUUCGCAAUCUGGUCAUAUCAAGAGAUUGGUCAGAUUCACUCUCUUUUUUUUAUAUAUCUGACCAGGUGGGGGAAAUAGUUUUCCAGUUUAAGGAAAAUCUCUCUUUCACUACCGUGAUUACUCAAAUAAGCAUCGUGCCGUUAACUGAAUUUUCGACGGACUUUUCAGUGAGGCGCUGAUAUAAACGUUUUCCAGGCUCACUCACGAAUAACAAUACGUAUUUUCCUUUCUUUUCUUUCUUUCCAACAAAAGCGAUGGGACCAGCGAAAGAUAUGAAGUCUCUGGUUUUUAAUGUUUAUUUCCUGUUCUCAUACUUCAUAUUAGCAUUGUUUAAAAUAAUGAAAAUCAAAGAGCGCUGCAUUGGGUGCCGGAAGGGCGCAGGGCUUGUUCGGGGUGGCGCUUAUUCGAGUAAUACGGUACUUCGUAAAUCGAAAGCAUUCCGUUUCUUAACUUUUCUUCCAACUGGCAUAAAAGAAAAAAAACGCUUAGGGCCUGUUGCCCUUUUUAAAAUAUCAAAGGGGUGGAAAACUAAAAAGCGUAACAGUACUAACACCCACCGCCCUCUUCAAAAAACGUUAUCCCAUCGUCAGAAUGCAAACUUCGUUUUACGUUAUUACGUUUAGAUGGUUAUACAGAAGCUAGUUCCACUAUAUUUAAAGAGUUUUGACAGGAAAAAGUUAUAUUGUUAUCUAGACAAAAAGUAGGUGGUUUCCUUUAUCUUUUGAGCAAAUUGGAUCAAUUACAUCGGUUGACUCUAUGAAGGCUAAGAGACCAAACUGCUUUAACGCGAGAGUCCUUAGCCAGAUGCUGGUCGACUUGACGUCUUAGAUACGAGUUAUGCUUCUUAAGACUGUAAAGGAAAACAAUUAAAAUCACAAAUCACAAC